AUGCUAAGGCAUGACAAUUCCCACAUGAACGUGCUUCUAAAUGAGAUCUACCUGGUGCAACAGAAAAUGACGCCUUUAGAGAUCACCACUAACGAGGAGGCCGAAGGCGAUUCUGCUGAAGCCGAUCCAUGUGAAAACAGCCCUGUCAUCUUAGAUACCAUCACUGAAGAGGAAGAAGAAGAUCCAUCUUCGAGAUCUUUUGAUACCAGUGAAAAUAUUACUGUACAGCAUCAAUAUUCACCGGUCGAACGAUCUAACUCUGAAACAGAUCUGCUUGAAGCGCACUACAUCACUGGAGCUUCAUAUGGCACAGAAUGGUACGUUGGUGAAACAAAUUUGGACUACAAUGAACUGCGCGAUCAUGCAACCACCUGUGGGACUCUUAGCAUGCCUUUUGCUCUUGAACAAGUCCAAACAGAUACAUCCUUUCUGGUGAAGCAGGAGGAGAUAGAAUUUUGUGCGCCUCAACUGCCUUCUAAAACUUAUAACUACUCUUCGUACCACUUUAACAUGAAUAUGAAGGAUAGCGGAUCCAAAAGUCUGCCAUCAGUAGCUCCGCCAUCUGGUGCCUUUCUACUACGGCACACUAUGUCGUCGAGCGAUGCUUGUGCAAUUGAUGAAAACUGCAGCUUAGCCAACUCCAAAGCACUGUCACCGACUCGGACUCAAUUGAACGAUGUUGCCGAAUGGGCUCUCUCGUCACCAGGAGUAACUACAAUAAUGGAAAACCAGUAUGCUGAUUUGAACCCUCGGAGAGUGCCUUUUCCACUCACUACGGAGGUUACCUGUUCUAAGGACACUAAAAAGGAUAGUGACGAUAAGUGUGAUGAGGAAAAACUCGAGAAUGCAAAUGCAAAAAGCAAAAUGAAACGCUCACCUGCAGUGGAGGGCGUUAGUGUGUUGCUUGAGCGAACUUCCACUUCCCUGUCGGAUUUCGCGUCAGGUCCAGUGGAACUGGUGAGGAACGAAAACCCUGCGGAUGCAGGGUCAAUUUCAACCUCGGAGAGCUUAUCUUCAUCGCUGUUGAGUCUCAGUCGGCGGUACUUGGAUAGCUCACCGAUGGCAUCACGGCCGGUAUACGAUUAUGGUACAGACGAGACGCUGUUGGAAAUAUUUAUGACGCCCGCUCUAAAUGGGAUGGAGAGUAAUGGUGAGAAGAUUGUAGACAUCCCCCCAAGCUGUGCUGGAUCCACAAACCAGCUCUCAAAACAGGUGGUAAAAGCAUUACCAUUCAGCGAUUCAGAAAUGGGUCUCGUUUGGCGUGAUACGUGUCAGGAGAAUUCCGGAAAAGUGUCUACUGCUGGCAAUCAUAGCAGACUGUUCGAAGAUGACUCAGAUUUACCCUUUAUCGACACUGAGGAAUCGUAUUCUGAGGCAUGGUACAUCACGGCAAGCCAACAGUUCUCCUGGCUCGACAGGGCACAAUUGGCAGAUCUAGAUGAGAUAACCCUGUACUGCGGUAAGCUUACAAAUUACUAUGUGUAA